AUGAAUGGAGCAAGUUCAAGCCAUUCGAUGAAGGGCAAAGACAUAGAAGCUGUAGUGGCAGACAAGGGUGCUGAAUUCCGAAAUCCAUUUUUGCAAGAAUUAAUCUCUUUUACGAGCAGUCGUAUUAAAAUAAUGUUGAGUAAUAACGUAAAAAUAAGAAAUUCAGUCCAAUCCAACUCCGCCACGCGACUUCCUCACACAAUCUGGAGUAUCGGUUCAGAGAAUGUGAAACCUGAGAUUGUAUCAAUUGGUCCUCUCCAUAGCAAGAAAAGCAACCAUCUGCUUCAGUUCGAAGAAUACAAACGGUUCUUUCUCGAUAAGUUCCUUCGCCGGUGUGAGAAGAACCACAGAGACCUGAACGACCUUCUUGCAGACAUGCAGAGUUUAGAAGCUCGUACCAGAGAUUUUUACUCAUAUCAUAAGCAGGUCUCGGAUAUGCCAAGUCAAGACUUGAUUCAGAUGAUGUUGCUUGAUGGCUGCUUUCUCAUUGAGCUCUUGUGCUAUCUCAGCCGAGAUGAAAUUCCAGAAGUCCUUGAUGAUCCCAUCCUCGUUCACCCAUUAUUGAUUCCCGUUCUCACCAGGGACGUUCUUAAACUUGAGAACCAACUUCCUUUGUUCGUUCUCACGUCAUUGUUCGAUCAACCUGACAAAAAAUUUAUGAAGCUUGCCUUGGAAUUCUUCAAUCUUUCCUGGACAGGACCCAGAAUGACAUUACCGUCCGAACUACCUAUUUGUAGUCAUCUACUGGAAUUAUUUUACUGGAGUUCAGUUAAACCGCUCUCAGUCAACCAUGGCGACGAGCAGACGUAUGCAUCUACACAUUCCAUGCAAUGCGUAACGGAACUGAAGCAAUCUGGGAUCAAGUUCAUGCAAGGAAAAAUAGUUGAAAGCUUUCUGGAUAUAAAAUUCAACAAUCGGGUUCUCCAAAUUCCAGCUAUCACAUUCAACGAAAUGAUGACAAUUGUGCUGAUAAAUUGUGUGGCCUUGGAACAGUCUCGAGAAUGGCACAUCAAGUAUUUCUGUAACUAUGUCUCUUUCUUUUCUUGUCUCAUCAGCCAACCAAGAGACGUCUCGUCCCUUUCUUUCGAUGGAAUCAUCUCAAAAUUUUCCGACGAUGACAGAUACAUUGCAGAUUUCUUCAAAGAUCUUGGAAGAAAUACCCAGUGUGUCAGAGGCAAUUAUCUUUCCGAUGAAAUCAAGAAUCUUGAGGCCUAUUACAAUAGCGACCGGACAAGUUUAAUGCGCAAUUAUUUCACUACUAAAUGGACAAUCCUCAAAGUUUUGGCUGCCUCUCUCCUCUUGGUGCUUGCCUUCAUUCAAACUCUCAUGGCAGUACUGAGUUACACCCGUGGCUUGAAAUAAGGGGGUUUUAGGGUAUGGUUCUUGUUGUUUAGAUCAAUUGCCUGAAUGCUUUUAGAAAUGUCCAUAUGUGCUUGUUCAACAUAACUUCCUUCAGUUUGUAUCUGUAUCCGUUGGUAUCCAUCGCAGUAUAAGUGAUGGUGACAUUAUGAGUGUGUUUAUGUCGUGUCCCUGCACAAGAAGUGGGACACCUGGGUAAUGGUCAAUCCCACUUUAUUGUGGCUCGUGCUUUUGAAUAAGUCUCUUAGAUUGAGUUGUUUGU